AUGACAGCCAUCCUGGAGCGGCUCAGCACGCUGUCCCUCAGCGGGCAGCACCUCAGCCGGCUGCCCCGGCUGCUGGAGGACGGUUUCCCCAAGAUGCCCUGCACGGUGAAGGAGUGUGAGGUGCCGCAGCUCUUCCGUGAGCCCUACAUCCACAGCGGGUACCGCCCCACCGGCCAGGACUGGCGCUACUACUUCCUCAGCCUCUUCCAGAAGCACAACGAGGUGGUCAACGUGUGGACUCAUCUCCUGGCGGCGCUGGCCGUGCUGCUGAGGUUCAAGACGUUUGUGGAGGCCGAGCAGUUGCCUUUGGACGCGUGGUCCUUGCCGUUGCUCAUCUUUGUCCUCUCUUCUGUCACCUACCUGACCUGCAGCCUCUUGGCCCACCUGCUGCAGUCCAAGUCAGAGCUGUACCACUACACCUUCUACUUCGUGGAUUAUGUUGGAGUCAGCAUCUACCAGUAUGGCAGUGCCCUGGCUCAUUUCUACUACAGCUCUGACCAAGCCUGGUACGACAAGUUCUGGCUUUUCUUCCUGCCAGCAGCAGCUUUCUGUGGCUGGUUGUCCUGUGCCGGCUGUUGCUACGCGAAAUACCGGUACCGACGGCCUUACCCCAUCAUGAGGAAGAUGUGCCAGGUGAUCCCAGCAGGGCUGGCUUUCAUCCUGGAUAUCAGUCCCGUGGCUCACCGAGUGGUUGUGUGUCAUCUGGGGGGCUGUGAGGAAGAUGCUGCUUGGUACCACACCUACCAGAUACUGUUUUUCCUUAUCAGUGCUUAUUUCUUUUCCUGCCCUGUCCCUGAGAAAUACUUCCCUGGCUCCUGCGAUAUUGUUGGUCAUGCCCACCAGAUCUUCCACACCUUCCUGGCCAUCUGCACCCUGUCACAGCUUGAGGCCAUUCUUUUGGAUUACAAGAACAGGCAGGAGAUUUUCCUGAAGAGACACGGGCCUUUCACUGUUUAUCUCUCCUGCAUCUCCUUUUUCGGUUUGGUGGCCUGCAGUGCCAUCACAGCUUACAUCCUGCGAUGCAGGAUCAAGGCCAGCCUGGCUAAAAAGGACUCCUGA